CAAGAAAGCAGCCAAGCUCAGAAAACCCCAAGGACUCCACAGUUCAACUCUGAGCUACACAUAUUCUCUUCUUUGCUAAAUGACAGAAAGGUGGGGACCGACCUGAUGUAGGGGCAGGUUAUUCCAAAGGGAGGGGCUGCUUCUGAGAAGGCUGCCCUCCAGGCCCCUUGAUAGCCUGGGGGGGCCUUCAACAGGGUCCCCACCUGGGUAGGCCGGACAGAUUGGAUCUGGAGCAGACUGAAGAUCACGAGAACCCAAGCUGAAUAGGGCUUUCUAGGUAACCCCCAGCAUCUAUUCCCCCUGGAAGGGAAAUGUAACAUAUGUAUGUAUGUAAAUGCCUGCUUCCUUCUUAGAUCCUGCAGAGCUUCUUCAGACAGACUUGGAACCAAGGUGUUUUUGUAGUAACAGAGGAAUGAUUGCCAGGCUGCUCACCCAGGGGCUUCUGACCUUUGAAGAAGUGGCUGUGAGUUUUACUGAGGAGGAAUGGAUGCUGCUGGAUCCGGGCCAGCGAGCCCUGUACCGGGAGGUCAUGGCGGAAAAUUAUGGGAUUGUGGCCUCUCUGGUCCAGGAGCUGCAGCCAGGAAUAAAUGCAGAGGACCAGGAGGCAGGAGCAACUCGGAAACCUGAGUGGAAAAUGAAGCGAGAAGGAAAAAGCCAUCCCGUUUUCCAGCUCCCCACUGAAAGGGGGCUAAAGGCAGGGGCGACUUGGCAAAACGUGGAGCAGAGCCCCGCUGCUGGGCCCAAGCAGGAGUGCCGGUGUUCCUUGAGGACGGCGGCAUCUGCUCCUUCGGGGUGGGCCUUUUCUCCGCCCUCCCGGGAAUUUAGUGUGAGAGAAUUCCAGAAAUUUGGGAAAGCUGGAGCCGGUGGAGAGGACGCGCUGCAGACCUGGAUCAACUUCGGUGGGGAAACCGCCCCCAGCUUCUCUAACCCCGUGAAAGUGAAGGAAGAGCUUGUAUCUGAGGAGGAGAGCGUGUGUGUGGAGGCCCAAGGCAGACUGGAAGAAAAAAUAAGGAGACCUCUGGCAGAUAUUAAUUGCUCCACACCGAUGCAGGAGUCAUUGGGCAGAGUGAAGGUUCAACAUUGGAUGGAGACCCCACAAGAAGGUGACUUUGUGGGAAAGUUCUAUCAGGGCCCAAGUUUGGGGACAGGUAACUCAGCGCUGGAAUCUGAGGAUGGUUUUUGGCUAGAAAGGCCCAAGGAGUUAAAUCCUCAUGGGAUUUUAUUGGAAAGAGCCCUAGGCGAACUCAUCCAAGGCCCCAACGUUGAGGAGGGCCUUGAAAUUAAGCAGGAGACGGACAGCUUGCCAGAGAGUAAGUCUGACUUAGCCUUGUUUUGUGAAGAGGUGUCUACAAACGAACCUGCAAGGACCCUCCAAGGAAGAGACGUCAGUUUUGAACUCUCUAGAAACCUCCAGCCAAGAGCUAAUUGUUCUGAGAAUCUGAAAGCGCCAAUAGAAGUUGAACGGAUCUAUAAAUGCUCAUAUUGUGGGAAGUGUUUUGGUGAGAGCUUAGACUUGGUUACCCACGAGAGAGCCCACAUAGGAGAGAAGAUAUAUAGGUGUCCCCAUUGCGAGAAACGCUUCUCUCACCGAAUUGACCUUCUGACACACAAGAGGAACCACCAAGGUGAGAAGCCACACCAGUGCGAACUGGACUGCGCCAAAUGCCACAGGCAGAGGACUUUCCCAAGGACACCCCACAGAGCCCCAUCCGGAGAGCAGGCGUGUCAGUGCCCAGUUUGCGGGGAACGUUUCAGCUGGAAAUCAAACCUUAUCAGACACCGGAGAAUCCACACCGGAGAGAAACCCUAUCGGUGUGCCGAGUGUGGGAAAAGCUACACACGAAAAACAGCUCUCGAUCGACAUAAAAGGAUCCACGUGGGGGAGAAACCCUGUGAGAUCAGUGCGCCGAGCAUGGGACAAGCAUCGGUGUUGGUCCUCCUGGUAUGAAUCACGUGAGGUGGGCAAGAUAUGUAUUGUGCUUUGUUAAACAUGGAAGGAAGCUCAUCUGAAGCUGAAUAAAGUCUGGA